AUGGAGUAGGACCACAUGGGAGAUCCAGGAUACCAUUAUGCAUACAUAUAGAUGGACCCCAUAGAUAGACGGUAUUUUCUGAGAGAAACAAUUGCACUCCAGUCUAGUUUGGAUAGGUUUUCCUAGUCUACUAGCACAUUUGUUCACGCCUAAGGCACUUGAGUCUUUGGUGAACGCAGUCGAUACAUUUAUACGCCUAGAUCCAGAUAUUAAAAUGUUUAAUCGCCCAGGUUAUGCACGAUUAUGUGUAGAGACCUCUUGGCCCCCCUUCAGCAUAUGAUCAUUGUGCAGAAUGGGGAUGAGAAGAUUUAUCAAACAGUCAUAUACGAGAGACUACCUCAUUUUUGUACCCACUACAUAGUUUUUAGACACACUAUCCACACUUGUCGACAUAAGACCACCCCAUCAUCUUCAGAGUCUACCAUGACUUAUCUAUCACCCAUAUUGUAUGAUGAUUAUAUCACUAAGGCAAGGAAGACUACACCUAGCCGCCCUCCCAUAUAGAGCUCGUGUGCUCCCUCUCGACCACUGUCAGUCUAGACUGGUGUCCCUCCAACCGGUUCUAAGAGGACAACCCCACCUACAUUGGUGUCAUAUCUUAUCUCUCGAGCAUCCACAUCCACCCAAAAGGGAAGGAAGACAGUAG